GGAUCGAGCGGCCGGCGGCUCCUCGCGGCUCGCGGCGUCGGGGCCCGUGGAGCGCGCGGCCGACCCUCGGCCGCGGCCCUCGGCGGCGCCACCAUGUACUCGGGAGCCGGCCCCGUUCUUGCGUCUCCUGCUCCGUCAGUAUCACCCAUCCCAGGAUAUGCCUUCAAGCCUCCACCUCGGCCGGACUUCGGCACCUCCGGGAGAACAAUCAAACUACAGGCCAAUUUCUUUGAAAUGGACAUACCCAAAAUUGACAUCUAUCACUACGAAUUGGACAUCAAACCAGAGAAAUGCCCGAGGAGAGUGAACAGGGAAAUAGUGGAGCACAUGGUCCAGCACUUUAAGACCCAGAUCUUCGGGGACCGGAAGCCAGUGUUUGAUGGAAGGAAGAAUCUGUACACUGCCAUGCCCCUUCCAAUCGGCAGGGACAAGGUGGAACUGGAGGUUACGCUGCCAGGAGAAGGCAAAGACCGCAUCUUCAAGGUGUCCAUCAAGUGGGUGUCAUGCGUGAGCCUGCAGGCGCUACACGAUGCACUUUCGGGGCGGCUGCCCAGCGUCCCUUUUGAGACGAUACAGGCCCUGGAUGUUGUCAUGAGGCACUUGCCAUCCAUGAGGUAUACCCCUGUUGGCCGCUCCUUCUUCACUGCAUCUGAAGGCUGUUCCAACCCCCUGGGCGGGGGCCGAGAAGUGUGGUUUGGCUUCCAUCAGUCCGUCCGACCUUCUCUUUGGAAAAUGAUGCUGAAUAUUGACGUAUCGGCCACAGCGUUUUACAAGGCACAGCCGGUGAUCGAGUUCGUCUGCGAAGUUUUGGAUUUUAAAAGUAUUGAAGAGCAACAAAAACCUCUGACAGAUUCCCAAAGGGUAAAGUUUACCAAAGAAAUUAAAGGUCUAAAGGUGGAGAUAACGCACUGUGGUCAGAUGAAGAGAAAGUACCGUGUCUGCAAUGUGACCCGUCGGCCUGCCAGUCACCAAACGUUCCCGCUGCAGCAGGAGAGUGGGCAGACAGUGGAGUGUACAGUGGCCCAGUACUUCAAAGACAGACACAAAUUGGUUCUGCGCUACCCCCACCUCCCGUGUUUACAAGUUGGACAGGAGCAGAAACACACCUACCUUCCCUUGGAGGUCUGUAACAUAGUGGCUGGACAGAGAUGUAUAAAAAAAUUAACAGACAAUCAGACCUCAACCAUGAUCAGAGCCACUGCCAGGUCAGCACCCGAUCGGCAAGAGGAGAUCAGCAAAUUGAUGCGAAGUGCAAGUUUCAAUACAGACCCAUAUGUUCGCGAGUUUGGAAUCAUGGUCAAAGAUGAGAUGACAGAUGUGACAGGACGGGUUCUGCAGCCUCCCUCCAUCCUCUACGGGGGCAGGAACAAAGCGAUUGCCACCCCUGUCCAAGGUGUGUGGGACAUGAGAAACAAGCAGUUCCACACAGGCAUCGAGAUCAAGGUGUGGGCCAUCGCCUGCUUUGCACCCCAGCGCCAGUGCACUGAAGUCCAUCUGAAGUCCUUCACAGAGCAACUGAGGAAGAUCUCGAGAGAUGCCGGAAUGCCCAUCCAGGGUCAGCCCUGCUUCUGUAAAUAUGCCCAGGGGGCAGACAGUGUGGAACCCAUGUUCCGGCAUCUGAAGAAUACCUACGCUGGUCUUCAGCUGGUGGUCGUCAUCCUGCCCGGCAAGACUCCUGUGUAUGCUGAAGUCAAGCGUGUGGGAGACACGGUGCUGGGGAUGGCCACACAGUGCGUGCAGAUGAAGAACGUGCAGAGGACCACGCCGCAGACCCUGUCCAAUCUCUGCUUAAAAAUCAACGUCAAACUGGGAGGUGUCAACAACAUCCUGCUGCCACAGGGCAGGCCUCCAGUUUUCCAGCAACCUGUCAUCUUCCUGGGAGCCGAUGUCACCCACCCGCCAGCUGGGGAUGGAAAGAAGCCUUCGAUUGCUGCAGUUGUGGGCAGCAUGGACGCACACCCCAACCGCUACUGUGCCACCGUGCGUGUACAGCAGCAUCGACAGGAGAUCAUCCAGGACCUGGCUGCCAUGGUGCGGGAGCUGCUCAUUCAGUUCUAUAAAUCGACACGCUUCAAGCCCACCCGCAUCAUCUUCUAUAGAGAUGGUGUCUCUGAGGGCCAGUUCCAGCAGGUCCUCCAUCAUGAGCUGCUGGCCAUCCGAGAGGCCUGCAUCAAGCUGGAGAAGGACUAUCAGCCAGGGAUCACGUUCAUCGUGGUGCAGAAGCGCCAUCACACACGCCUCUUCUGCACAGAUAAGAAUGAGCGGGUUGGGAAGAGUGGGAACAUUCCAGCAGGCACAACCGUAGACACGAAAAUCACCCAUCCGACUGAAUUUGACUUCUACCUGUGCAGUCAUGCCGGCAUCCAGGGGACAAGCCGUCCUUCUCACUACCACGUGCUUUGGGAUGACAAUCGUUUCUCGUCUGACGAGCUGCAGAUUCUGACCUACCAGCUGUGUCACACCUAUGUGCGCUGCACACGCUCUGUGUCCAUACCAGCGCCAGCCUACUACGCUCACCUGGUGGCCUUCCGCGCCAGGUACCACCUGGUGGAUAAAGAACAUGACAGCGCUGAAGGAAGCCAUACCUCUGGGCAGAGCAACGGGCGAGAUCACCAAGCGCUGGCCAAAGCGGUCCAGGUCCACCAGGACACACUGCGCACCAUGUACUUUGCUUGACAUGUUGUAGUGUUUAGCAAUUGUGUACCAAGUUGGAUUCACACGAGACCAGCUACACUCAGACCAACAGAUGCCCAGCCCUUCCGUGACAGCCAGCAUCGAACAUGAGACGUCUUUGGUUUUAUUAGAUCCUCCAUUUUCCAGAAUGCCUUCCGUCCCAGAUUUCAAACUUGGAUUUUGAGCUGCAGGCCUGUAUGAGACCCCAUUGUAGGAAACGUGGUUUGCCAAAACCUAUAAGCUGCUCACUGAAAGAGUCCCGUGUUUCCUAAAAACAAAACAACAAAAUGUCCUCAAACCAGUCUAUGAACUCUCAGGGCUUUAAAACAUUUUUAAUUUAUUUGGUCAUUCGAUUUACUCGUUUUUAACACCUGAUUCUCAAUGAAACCGCUGGGCUCUAACUAGCUGUGAAGGCUCUGAGCGUGAAAAGCAACACCAUCACCAUUGGGGUUUUAAAGCCUGACCUAAGAAGUUGUCACUAAUGUUGUUCUAGGGGUGCCACGUGCUCUGCAGCCCCAGGGCAGGUGGCUGCUUGGUAUCCAUGGUGUCUCUCGCCUGCCACUGCCUGCCCUCGAGGCCUGAACAAAGGCGUAGUGGCAGAGAGGACAGUCACGUGUGUUUGCAGCAGUGACGGGUCCGAGAGAUUGGCAGACAAGUGCCAUUUUGAUAAAAAUUUAUUUAAAAAGAGAAAAAAAAGACAAUAUACUGACAGUCUAAUCAUAAGAUUUGUCCUGUAGGACUGUGACAUUUAUUUUCCAAAGUUUCUAAAGAAUACGGGUCUGUGGUGGUAAAUACAGUACAAUCCUUUUUCACUGUUAUGUCUUUAAUGUAAGAGAAGAAUAUAUAUAUCUGGUUUGCAGUAUUAAAUGUGGUAGGUAGAUGCUGUU